AUGUCCGAAAGCAAAGCAAAACCGGCAUCACCAAUACCGCCGGCUGCUUCUACACAAUGCUGUAACAGCUUAAUAGAUAUACAGUGCCCAGCACUUCAAGUGACAUCACGAAUGUUGCGAUCGCCGAGUCAUGAGAGUGUCACAACUGAUCUCUCUCUUUUUAGUGUCUCCUCGAUAGCAAGUGAACUACGAGGAGCAAAUAGACUCGUUACAUUUAAAUCGUACACUGAUGUACAUCUUACUGGUCGUGGUCCAUCGCCGAAACCAGACACUCGUCAGGUUCAAAGUACCAGGCCAGCAGAUAUACCAGAAAUUCUUUGGUUUGAAGAAGAAAAUGAACUAAUUCGUAGUUGUGGAGUACUUUCUUCGGCACUUGGUCUUCGUAAAAGUUUUAGCACAAGUGACGUGUCUCAACUACCAAGUCCAGAUGCAUUGGGUCCAAGUGGAUUGCGAUCAACUGUGUCUACUUUGGCCCUCAACACUGCCCAAAGAAACACUAUGCUCUUGGAACAUGCACGGCUUAACUAUGCUUCAAGAUCUUGCAGUACAUGGGUUGCUGUUGGUGAACCAGUAGCGAAUACAUCGCAACUUCCUAGUCCUCACGGAGGAGCUGCCCAAGAACAAAACCAACAACAAACAUCCACUUCUCAAUCAGCUCCACAACCUCCACUUGCACCACCACCUCCGCCAGUACCUUUUACAGGAGCUGAUUUUGUUAGAUCUGUAAAUAAAAAAGUUCGCCAGAAUUAUAUACGUCGAAGAUUAUUAACAACAUAUCGUGCAUUAGAGCGACUUUCACAAAGUGAAUUCAAUUUAGAUCAACUGGAAGUUGUGGCAAGCGCGGCACAAACAACUUCCGGAACUACCUUGUUGGUCCCUGGAGCAACAGGCGUUUCACGAUCUCCUCUAUUAGGACACAAGGAACGGAAUCACGCCUUAACCGUUAAAGAUGUUGAAAGAGAACGCGGGAAUCAAUUGUCAAAAUAUGAGAGAAACAUGAUGAUUUUUAACUGGCUACAUACUCUUGACGAUACUGCUAUUGUUGACAGCGUAGAAUGA